GUUGAAGUGAUAUACUUCUCUCCAUUUUAAUUUAUAUUCUGCUCUUCAUCUUCCUACCGAUUCUCUCCAUUUCUUUGUGAAAAAAAAAAAAAAAAAAAAAAAAAACCAACAGGCCUAACAGCUCUGUAUGUGGGGGCACUUUCUAAAGAAAUUAUUCAUUUUACAGAACUUAUCCUGACAGCCUCUUCUUCCUGUUUUGAUUUACAAUGCUAGCUGCCUGAUGACUGAAUGACGUUCUGCUACCAGGCUAUUUAACUCAAUGCUGCAGAUAAUGGAUAUGAUUUAUGUUGCUGGGUCUCUCCCUCUACCCUGGUCUGCAAGAAUGAAAAUUGCUCUUGGCGCUGCCAAGGGCCUUGCCUUUCUUCAUGAGGAACCUGAAGGACCAGUAAUUUAUUGGGACUUCAAAACACCUAAUAUCCUUUUGCAUGCUGAUUACAAUGCCAAGCUUUCUGAUUUUGGACUAGCCUAAGAUGGUCCUGCGGGGGAUAAGACUCAUGUAUCAACCUGAGUGAUGGGUACCUAUGGUUAUGCUGCCCCUGAGUAUGUAAUGACAGGGCAUCCGACAUCUAAGAGUGAUGUCUAUAGCUUUGGGGUAGUUCCUCUUGAGCUGUUGACAGGCCGAAGAUCCAUGGACAAAAAUCGACCAAAUGGGGAGCAUAACUUUGUGGAAUGGGCUAGGCUGUAUCUUGGAGAGAGAAAAAGUUUUUACCGACUUAUAGAUCCUCACCUUUGUGGAUGCUUCUCAAUCAAAGGAGCAGAGAAAGCAAUUCAAUUGGCUGCUCAUUGUCUUAACCGUGAUCCUAAAGCCAGACCUUUGAUGAGUGAAGUGGUUGAGGCACUGAAGCCUCUGCCAAAUCUCAAUGACAUGGCUUGCUCAUCAUUUCACUUCCAAGCCAUGUGACUAGAGCAAGCAGGGUCCAUUGGACAUGCUAGAAAUGGCGGUAGACUGCAAAGAGGGUUCCCAUCUAGGAUUGUUCGACUGAGUAGGAGCAUUCCUACACCAAAUGGGCCUCAUGUUUCUCCAUAUAACCAUAAUCAUCUUCAUCGAUCACCCAAACCUGACGUUGGACAGCCUUCAGGUUGAGACUAUGCCUAUCUCCCUGCUCUGUUUCAUUUUAGUUUAUGCGUUUCUUCAUGGAGAGACAGAAGGAACGUUAGUGGGGCUUGGAAAUUAUGCUGGUAAGCCUGAUACGUUCCUUUUUGAGCAGAAGUGUACUAAUGGGCUCAGCACUGGAGAGAAACAUUGAGAGGGCUCUUUUGUAGCAUAUGCUGUGUUUGAAAAAGUUAAUGCUCUUUCUUUAGUGCUUGUCUAACAUGUCUUAUGCGAUCAAGGUUGAAGCAUUUGGGGACUAUAGUUUCCUUGUUACAGCAUGAUGGAGUCAGGAUUCUGUUAAAAAAAAUUACCGCCAGUUUCGUCUGCCGAGUUUUGAAACCCUGCAUCGGUGCAUUCAUGUGUUUCAGUACCAAAAAUUUGUAGUACUCUUGUUGGGAAAUAUACAAAAGUAAGGUGG